GUACAUUUACCCUGGCCUUCACCCCCCUUGCUCAGACAUGGUCCGUUCCUUCCCGGUUCGAAGCUGGAAGCGGGAGGAAGUAGUUGCUGCGUCGCCGGUUGUUGAUGUUUCUUGGGGGAGAGGAAUCACUAUAGGAUGGACACAACUACACGUUUAAAGUCUCUGUUGCUGGCUGUCCAGCAGUAUAGAGGCAGUAGGACGGCGCAGAACGCAGCCCACUUGCAGGAACAAGUGGAGGGGGUGUCAGGUCUUAAAUGUGACCAGCUGCUGUCCUCAGGCCAGGUUCUGCCCCGUGAGUGUGUGAGUGGACUAGUUGAGCUGGCUGGAGACCCAUACACCAGCCCGACCCUCACAAGCUCCAUCAUCUCCCUGCUGUCACAACUAGCCUGUGAUGAUGACAGUCGGGAGAUUCUUCACAGCAUCUACAACCUCAGCAGCACUCUGGCGUCUGUCAUCCACUGCCACAGCACCACACCAGGAGAGCCCCUGGUGCUGCAGUGUUUGCAGGUGCUGCAGAAACUGACUUACAACGCUCGCAUCUUCCAGUCUACAAACUACAUCCAUGAGCUCAUUGCUUUUCUUAUGACUAACAUCCAGUCUCACAAUGACAACAUCAUCAUGCCAUGCCUUGGCCUCAUGGCCAACCUGUGUCGAGACAACCACUCAGUGCAGAGUUACAUCAAGUCUCUGGACAAUGUGAAGCCAUUCUACCGUACUCUGAUCAACUUCCUGGCUCACAACAGUCUGACUGUGGUGAUCUUCACGUUGUCCAUCCUGGCCAGCCUCACUCUGAAUGAGAGGGUUGGAGAGAAGCUCUUUGAUGCAAAGAACAUCCACCAGACUUUUCAGCUUGUGUUCAACAUCAUUGUGAACGGCGACGGCACUGUGACAAGAAAAUACUCUGUCGACCUUUUGGUUGAUUUGUUGAAAAACCCCAAGAUAGCAGAUUACCUUACCAGGUAUGAGCACUUCUCAGCAUGUGUGUCUCAACUUCUAGGACUGCUGCAAUCAAAAGACCCCGACUCUGCAGCAAAGGUGCUGGAGCUUCUCCUGGCCAUGUGCAGUGUCUCAGGGCUGCGUUUGCUGCUGUGUGAGGUGGUUUUCAAGCCGGCAGGACCCAGACUCCGAGCAGCAGGUCGCAGACAGGGGGGCGGACUGGACGGUGGACGCAAGGCUGAGUCCGGGCUUGCCCUAGUGCAGUGGCUGAGCUCGCCUGUGGAGGGUGCUGAGUCCUGCUCACUCCAGGCCCUGCAGCUGUUAAAAGAGCUGCUAGAGGAGGCAUUGGGAGCAGAGAGUGUGUCUGAAUGUGUGCUGAGCUUCGUAGAAAUGUUGCUUCCCGUCCUGUUAGGGCUGCUGAGGGACCUCGAUCCUGCACAGGGAGACGUUCACCUCAGAAAACACUGCCACCGCAUCACACAUGUCACCAGCCUGCUGCUUAUCCUGUGUGCUGAGGACUCCACCAGAUCCUUGGUGUCCCAUCAUGUGAGCGCUCAGCUCUGCCUCUCGCAGGUUGAAUCCCUCCUCUCCUGUUGUCAUGGUAACAGCCCUCUCACCUGCCACCUCCCAAGCUCUGACAACGAUCUCAGUCAGGUGUGUGCAGAAGCUUUGCUGACGACUCUCGAGUUGAUGAGCAAGCUGAGACAACAGGUGAAGGACAUGGAAACCAGCUUCUAUAGGAUGUUACAGGACCAGAGGACAGUGAUGCCCCUCUCUCUGGCCCUGACGUCCCACCACAGAAAGCAUGUGCAGACUGGACUCUGUCUGUUGUUUGAAGCCUCACCCCUCCCAGACUUCCCCUCUCUAGUUCUGGGUGAAAGUAUGGCCGCCAACAACGCCUAUCGCCAGAAGGAGGCUGAGCUGUCUGUCAGACAUGUUGCAGUGCAGGAGUUCCCACCUUCCAGUGUAAUGGACUCUGCCAGUGGCUCUAGCAAGAGCGUCCACAAUCUGGCAGAGACGAUACAGAACACCUUAGAGCUGCGGGAACAGGUUAAUCACUCACAUGUGUCCGAGAUCAUCGAUGUUUACGAACAGAAGCUCUCUGUGUUUGCGUCUGAGGAGAGUCGUCUUCAGGACUUGUUGAAGGCAAAGGCUGUGGCUCUUUUUGAGGCCGAACGUCUUAUCGCUCAGUAUCGCUUCAAGCAAGCUCAAGCUGAGGCCGAGGCCCGUAAGCUAGGCUCCCUGCUAAAGGAGGCUGAGCGUGGUCGCGAAGAUCUGCAGGGCGAGCUGAGCGGCCAGGUGCUAGAGGUGGAGCGCUCUAAGACUGACAUGGCGGAGCUGCUGCAGCACAAUGCCAAGCUUCAGAAGGACUCGGAGGAACACCAGGCCCUCAAAGGAGCCUACAAUGCCCUGCUACACAGAUUCAAUGAGAGCGAACGACUGCUCAAGGAGCUGCAGACAGCUCACAUCUCACUCACCAAACAGAACGACACUCUGAGGAAGAACCACGAAGCACUGCAGCUGCAGCAUGAGAAGAUGGCGUCAGUGUUGGAGGAGAGAGAUGAGGAGAUCAGAUCUCUCCGUUCAGAUCUACAGCAGAAGAGCAGCGAGAUCACAGGUCUGCGUGGUGAACUGCAGGCAGAGGAGGAGAAGGUUAAGGAGAAGGAUCAAGAGAAGAGAGAUCUGGAGGAGAUGGUGGAUGUUUUGAGGGAGGAGCUGAACAAGACGGAGCAGGCCAGGAAGGAUCUCAGCAUCAAGGUGUCAUCUUUGGAGCUGCAGAAGAAUCAGCUGGAGACGAAGCUCAACAAACAUGCAACUAUGAUCGCCAUGAUCCACAACCUCAGCAGUGGCAAGAUGAAGAAUGAAAGCCUGCCGCUUUGAGAGACGCACUGUAUGGGCGUGGACUAGUCUAUAGAUAUUUUAAAACAGAUCUGCAAAUAUAUGGACCAAUUUCCCAUAUGAAAAAAUAUCUGAAUACAUUUAAUUAAUUUACAAGAAAGUAAAAAGCAUGUGUGAAUAUCUUUGACAUUUUUAACUUUUAAACAGGUAUUUCUGAACCCAGUUUAUAUUUGUAGAUCAAAAAGACAUUUGUGGAUCUUAAGGGUGGGACUACAUGAUUUUUUUUAACAUAGUAUACUGUAUAUGUAAUAAUCCCU